AUGACGGAUGACUCCCCAAAUCGCAGAACCACCAUUCCAACCAGCCCCUACGAUGAGAAUUUCAGCGAGCGCUCCCCACAACGCACUGCGGUGCUACGAAAACUACAAGUUAUACUGGACGAACUCGACGUUCCAGUGCCCUUCUGGGCCUUUUGUCAACUGGCCAAUGUCAAUCUGCUUUGUUGUGCCAGGCUAUGGGCUCAGGAACCCCCUAAAUUCCCCGACAAUAUUUCUGUUGCAUCAAGCGAUGCGUCUUCUCGUUCAUCCGGGCGCUCCAGAAGACUUGCAGAACUAGCGAGGGAGCGAGAUGGUGGUAUUUGCAUCCUGUCCAAGAGCGCACCUUGUGACGUGGCGCAUAUUUUCGCCCACUAUUUACUCAAACCCAAAAAUAAACCAACGGCCUCAGACAGAUGUGUCCCUACGAUCUGGUCGGUUCUCUUCUUGUUCUGGCCUAGAGAACAAGUUGAAAAGUGGAAGAACUCUGUCGUUCACGACAACUCCAACGGGGCCGCUGAUGAGGACGGCGUUUUCAAUCUGCUAUGCUUAAGACCUGACUUGCAGCGUGCAUGGGCUCAAGGCCGAUUUGCUUUACGCCCAAUGAACCUCUCCGACGAUAAGAAGGCCAUGGACCUUGAAUUCCACUGGAUGCCUCGAUAUGACCAUACAUAUGACGCGACCAUCUCCAUCGUUGAACAGCCAUUAUCAACAAGAAACAUUGAUAGAGUCGACGAGUGUUUUAUCUUCCGAGAAUCGGGGGAGAGGGUGGUUUCCGGGAGCAUCUUUAGACUUAACACGUCUGCUCCCAUCCGACUUCCAUUACCAAGUUUCGAUUUGCUUGAAAUGGCCUGGCACGUUGCCCGUAUUGUCUCCAUGAGUGCUUCUGGUUUACUCAAUGACCAGGAUUUCCACUUCGAGGGUGAUGACGAUGAUAUAAGACCCGUGUCAGUACCGGAGCACGUCCUGGAGUGGAUUCCGCCGCCCCAAACGCCGUCGUCGUAUGCAUCGAGCAUCGAGGCCAAAGAAUCCCCGAUGACCUCGACCAAUCCGUCGCCUGCGAAGUCUAGGACUGCUGGCCAUGAAGUAACGAAUGCUACACCAAGUGGCCGAACCCUUGAGCAUGGCGGCGUCAUGACUGAACCUACAGGGUAG